AUGUUGCGGGCCGUCAGGUCGGGCGGCGCCGGCGCAUCUUUUGCAUCCGCCAACCAGGAUGCUAGUCUCCAGGCGGCUUUAUCUCGCCGACCGCUCGUCGCGGCGCAUGAACUGAACAAACUAGAGGCCCUUAUCAACAAAUCGACGCGCGGGCGGUCUGGGCCAGUGUACCAGCAGACGCCCAUUAUACGCACCAGCGGCCGCGGCUGCUGCAAGGAGGGUGUUCCCGUUCGCGCCCGUUCCGCAGCCCUCACAAACGACGGCCUCGUGCAUAUGUCCUCGAUCAACGGCAUUUCUUCCUCGUCGGUGUCGGCGUCGCGUCUUGUCCUUUGUGCCGGCUCCGGGCGGCACUAG